AUGGGGUUAACGUCUAAAUUGGAAAAGCUCAAACUUAAGGAUCACGAUCAUGAGAAACCUCUGGAAAGUCCAGUCAAUGCAUCAGGUGCAGACUCAGACGACAUUGAUGAAAUGGACAAUGAAGGGCAAUCAAUUUUGAUGGGAAUCAUUGCUCAAUUGAGACCAGGUAUGGACUUGUCAAAAAUCACUCUCCCAACUUUCAUCUUAGAGAAAAAGUCAAUGCUUGAGAGAAUUACAAACUUUUUUCAGAUUCCAGAUCUAUUAAUUGAUGCCAAUCAUACACAGGAUCCCUUACUAAGAUUUGUUAACGUUUUAAGAUGGUACCUUGCUUCUUGGCAUAUAGCUCCAAAAGCAGUGAAGAAGCCACUCAAUCCAGUACUUGGAGAAACUUUUACUUGCUAUUGGGAUAACUUACCUGAAGGAGCUGGAUCUGCCUAUUAUAUAUCUGAGCAAACAUCUCAUCAUCCACCAAAAUCCUCAUAUUUCUAUUUAGUUCCUGAUGAAAAGAUAAGAGUAGAUGGAACAGUUAUUCCAAAAUCAAGAUUCUUGGGUAAUUCAUCUGCAGCAAUAAUGGAAGGUUGGGGUCAAGUCACUCUCGGUCAAUGGGGAAAUGAGCAAUAUGUAAUGGAUCAACCUAAUGUUUACGUUAGAGGAAUUUUAUUUGGUAAAAUGAAAACAGAAUUAGGUGAUCACAUGGUGGUAAGAUGUGAAGCUUCUGGAAUAGAAGCAGAUAUUGAAUUCAAAACUAAAGGUUUCAUCAGUGGCACUUAUGAUGCAAUUGAAGGUUACAUUAAAGACACAGCAACCUCUGAAGAAUUGUAUCACAUUACUGGAAAGUGGAAUGACAUUAUUGAAAUCAAAGAUUUAAAAACUGGUAAAAAAGAUGUUUUAAUUGAUACUCAUAAAACUAUCAGGGUUAAACCUAAAGUCAGACCUUUGGAAGAACAAUCUGCAUACGAAUCAAGGAGAUUAUGGAAACCAACAAUUGAUGCACUUGCUAAGAGAGAUCACGAAACUGCAACUGAAGAGAAAUUUAAAGUCGAAAAUGAGCAACGUACCAUGGCAAAGAAAAGAGUUGAAGAGGGAGUUGAAUUUCAUCCAAAAUUUUUCAGGCUCGUUGAUAAUAACGAAUCCAAUUUGAAAGACUUGGAGUACAUAAUUUACAAAAAUAUUGAUUUAGCAGAGCUGCCAAAACAAUUGACAGAAGAUGUGUUGAGUAUAGCACCAUUCUUACCUGGUCAAGUUUUUGAUGAAAAGUUUGAAAUCCCUGCUUUCAAAAAACAAUAA